UAAUGAUAAUCAUGAUGCCCUUUUUUGAUGAUGAUGAAACAGUAGGAAGAGAGUUAGUACCAUUAAAAGGGCAGGAACUUGAAACUGUAAGAAAGAAUCAUGGAAAAUCAUUGGUUACGACAAAUAUGUAUUAUAAACCAAAGUCAAUCACACAGUCUUUGUUGGAGGAAGAGGAAGAAGCAGCAGAUAUUGUUACUUCUGAAACAAAUUCUGAACUGGCAAGACUUGAAGAGGAAUAUAAUCUCGAUCUAGCAGAAAAAGGACAGCUAAAGGUUCCAGGAGUGAAAAAAGUUGAGAUACCAGCCCUUACAGAUGUAGGACCUAUUGUAAACGAUUCAGAAGUUCUCCAGAAGCUAGUACAAUUAGGAGUAGAUCUUUCAGUUGUUCAGAAGAAAGGAAUGAUUGAAGAUGUUUUGAAGAUGAAUUUUAAGAAGGAUGUAGGGCCCUAUAUCUGGACUUUGAAAGACAUUGGUGUGCCUGCAGAUAAACUUGGUGAGGUGUUCACAAGAUGUCCCUGGAUUUUCCAGCAAGAUGUAAACAAAUUGAGGGUGCGUAUUGAUUACCUCCGGUCAAAGAAGUUUACGAAAUCUGAUAUAGAAAACAUGAUUGACAAAGAUCCAAAGUUCUUGUUAAUACCUGUGGAAAAGGUUGAUGCUAAACUAGGAUUUUUACAACAGGAGUUCAGACUGACAGGAAAACAAGUAAGGGAAAAAGUGAGUGGAUUGUCAAAGCUGAUUAUAGCCAAACCAGCAGUAAUCAAGGAGAGCAAGUUUUACAUGAAGAAGUUUCUUGGUUUUACAGACAGGGAGCUGAAGACCAUAUUCCUUGCAUAUCCUAAAAUCUUUCUCAAAAAUGUGGAUCAUACUUCCAACGCCUUCAACUAUCUUCAUAAUGUUAUGGAGUUACCGCACGAAUUAAUCGCCAAGACUCCAAUAGCAAUGGACACUACACGCUACUUUCUGGAGAAUAGGCACCGAUUCCUUGUGAAAUGUGGACGAGCCCAGUAUGAUCCAACAAAGCCGAAUUACGUGUCGUUACAUGCUUUACUUACAGCAAAAGAGGAUAUUUGGUGUGUGGAAAUCGCCAAGGCAUCUGUUGCCGAAUAUAAUCAGUUUCUGCGAACGAUCUAGAAAUAAAAUUUAGUUUAAGCAGAUCACAUGACAUUAAUUGGAAUAGACAGACAUUUCAGUUUCAGAAACUUUGACAUCUUGAUUAGAUGAUGGGACUACCAAUUUAAAUGUUGAAACAUGGAAUUGAUAUUUAAGAAAUAAAUCUUGAUAGCAUUUAAUACGUUUUAAGAAUCUAGUGUUUGAAGCAUGCAGACUUUACACAUGCUUAAAACAUAUAUCCAAAGAGAAAUAAUUAAAACUUCGAUUUUUA